AUGACUAACGCAACCAUUCAGGAGAUUGAGGGUAUAGAUGACUACUGGGGCCCAGCAUUCCGAUCAGUCUACGAAGGAGAAGGUGGACAUGAAGCAUUUGUUCAGCAACUAGAUGAAAGAAUCAAACAGCAUGACAAGGAAAUAGAGAAGUUGUGCAAUUUUUAUUAUCAGGGUUUUAUAGAUUCAAUUCGGGAGUUGUUACAAGUUAGGUCUCAUGCCGAGGAAUUGCAUGCAGAAAUAUCUAAUGUUGAUUCUAAUGUUAAAGAGACAACGGAAAGUCUUUGUUCGAGAGCGGAAGAGCUAAUACGAGCUCGCCGAGUAGAACUGAACAUAGCAGCAACAAUUGAAAAGAUGGAACUCUGUCUGCCACUCCUAACCACAUAUUCUAAAUUAAAGACACAAGUGGAUGCUAAAAGGUACUAUCCAGCCCUGAAAACACUAGAACAACUGGAACACGUGUUGCUUCCACGCGUAGGUCCCUACAAUUGGUGCGCGCAGAUUUCAGCAGACAUACCCCGGCUUCGUCAAGCGAUACGGGAUGCUUCAAUGGCAGACUUGAGAGAUUUCUUGGAAAAUAUACGCAAGCUUAGUCCACAGGUUGGGACUAUGGCUUUGAAGCAAACUCAAGAUAUGCUCGGACGAAGUCUAGCCAACAUAGUAAAAAAUAAAAAAGAUUCGAUGUUAGGAAUAUCAGGAAAAGAUAACAGCGGUGCACAAUGUCCACAUGAGUUGGUGGACUUUAGUCCUCUGCACAGGUGCCUUCACAUACACAGUGUACUUGGCGCGAAAAAUGAUUUUAUUCAGUAUUACAGAGCACAGAGAAAACAGCAAGCCCGUCUCGUCCUGAUCCCCGAAACGGGCAACCUUCACGAUUCAAUUCAGGGCAUGAAGAGCUACUUGAGCGCUGUCUUAGGUUUCUUUAUCCUAGAAGAGCAUCUUUUAACGACUGGCGCUGGUUUGGUGUCAAAGGAUUGGCUUCUGGACACUUGGAGCAUGUCGGUCACAAAGGUUGCUUCCACAUUGAGAACGAGUACAUCACUGAUAACGGAUCCCACUCUCAUGUUGAGCAUUAAACAUCAGAUUAUGCUGUUUAUUAAUACUAUCAAAUGCUACGGUUUACCAACGGAUCCACUGCCGCUUUUGCUUCAAGAAAUGGCCGAACAUUACACUGAGGUUCUAAUGCAACGUUGGGUGGGCGUAUUCAGAGAUAUUUUGGACAACGCAUCAUUCUUACCUAUUGAGGUAGAGAACCAAGAAGAAUACGACGGCGUAAUGGAUACUUUUCCUUAUGACGGGGACGAACUGGAGACUCAGCCAUUCCCUAGGAAGUUCCCGUUCUCGGCGAUGGUGCCGGCGGUGUACGUGCAGGUGAAGGAGUUCAUCUACGCGUGGCUCAAGUACUCUGCAGGGCUGGGGCUGGGCGGCGGGCGGCGGGCGGCUGCGGCUCGGCACUCGGCCUCGCUGCUGCUCAGCCGCUCCUUCACCGGCUGCCUCUCCGCGCUCUUCCGCCGCCCGCUGCCGCUCAUGCAGCUCGUGCAGAUUAUUGUAGAUACGCAGUACUUGGAAGACGCUACGUCGUUUCUCUAUGAAUUCAUAAGCAAUAUUACUGGCUCCGAACUCGUCACGACCCAAGCAGCUGGAAGCAUGUUCCAAUCGGCGCGCGACGACGCUGAACAGCAAAUCUGCAAUAACCUGGAGAAGAAGGUCGACGAGUUCCUUGACCUAGAGAAUUAUGAUUGGUUGUUAGUGGAACCCACCGGACAAGCUUCGGCUUUCGUGACGGACAUGCUUAGUUAUUUGUCGGGCGUAUUGACCUCAUUGGAGCAGCUUCCGGAACGUGCUAGGGUGGCAGCGGUCCGUGCUGCAACGAACCGCAUAGCGACGCGGCUGCGCAACCUGCUGCUGGAGCCGGGCGUGCGCCAGGUGUCGUCGGGCGCGCUGCACCAGCUGGACCUGGACGUGAUCCAGUGCGAGCAGUUCGCGGCCGGCGAGCCCGUGCCCGGCCUGCGCGAGGGUGAGCUGCUGGAGCACUUCGCUGCGCUCAGGCAACUACUGGAUCUAAUAACAGGUUGGGAUUGGUCGUCAUAUCUUCACGACGUGGGCAUUGAAGGGGGGAAAUACGCAUUAGUGACUCCGCGCGACGCCGCCACCUUACUCGAGAAACUCAAGGAGGCGGAGCAGAAAUCUUCUGUCUUCUCCGUAUUGAAGAAGAACGAGAGAGACAGGCGAAAGCUUUUGGACACUGUGCUGAAACAGUUGAAGCAGUUGCAAAAUCAAGAUGGUUAA